UCACAGAACACAGCCUUGAACAAGAAUCUUAAUAAAUUCAGAAGCAGUCAUCGAUCCCAUCUCCAAACGAAAGCAAGAAGAAAAGAACAACAACAGGGGAAAAAAAUGUCAUCCAUUGACCCCCACAACAUCAACCUGAUUUCCACCUUCCUCGCCCACGAGCAACUCCCCGCCGCACAGCCGCCCCCCCACGCAGUCGACUGCAUUGUGAUCUGCGUGUCCGCCAUCCUCCAUCAGGCUGAAGCGGUCUUCACAUUCCUCGCCAACAACCCGCACGCCACCAAAACCCUCGUCUUCUGCGGCGGGAUUGGCCACUCCACCCCUUACCUGUAUGAGGCGGUGUUCAAGCACCCCAAAUACGCGCAUCUUGCCCCAGAGAUUCAGGGCAAGGCAGAAGCCCAAGUGCUCCACACCAUCUUCACGCGAUGUUUCGAGGCCGUGGCCUCGGACUUCCGGAAGGCCGGAGGCACCCUGCUGGUCGAGGACCAGUCCACGAAUUGCGGGCAGAACGCGAUACAGACAAGGCUCCUGCUGGCGAGGAAUGCCAUCCCGGCACCUAAUUCCGUAAGUAUCGUCCAGGAUCCCACCAUGGCCCGAAGGACGAUUGCCUCAUUCGUCAAGGCCUUUGCGCCGAUGACCCCGGAUUUCAUAAACUGGCCAAUCAUAGUGCCCCGGGUCCGGUUGCAGGAAGAUAAUGAGCUGGUGUACGAGGUAGACGGGAUCCCUGCAGAAUCGCUGUGGAGUAUACCUCGCUUUCUAGGACUGCUGAUGGGUGAAAUACCGCGCCUGAGAGAUGACGAGAAUGGCUAUGGGCCACGGGGUAAAGGGUUCAUUGAUCAUGUCGAUAUUCCAGAGGGCGUUGAGCGAGCGUUUCAUGGCUUAGAGCGCGGGAUACUAGGAUCGGAACUAGCCAAGAGAUGACUCUGAUUGGUCAAAGCUUGCUCUUUA